AUGACGGGAAAAGAGGCGGACUUUGCUGGGCUGACAUUACAGGAACUCCUGGACCGAUUGUCCGUACACGCAGAUCUAAGGUCUGCGCUUCCAAAGCUGUUCGAAGCUUGCGGGUGUAUAAGCAAGGCACUGCGUUCCACGAAGGUCACUAAGUCGGGCACCAGCAACAGCUUUGGAGAGGAACAACUCUCCGUUGACCUUUUGGCGGAGCGUCAGCUAAGGGAUUGGGCAAACAGAUGCUCAGUCGUUAGAGCCAUUAGCAGUGAAGAAGAAACAGCGUUACAGGAAGUUAAUGCUAAUGGAUCGCUUGUCGUCUGUUGGGACCCGUUGGACGGUAGCAGCAUAAUUGACUGCAACUGGAGCGUCGCAUCGAUCUUCGGCAUUUGGCGAAUCGGAGAAAACGGACUGCAGUGGAACGGACCAGAUACGCUCAUCAAUUCCACUGGCCGUCAGCAGGUGGCUGCGGUGCUGGUUAUAUACGGGCCACGAACAACUGCUCUGCUGUCUCUAUGCGGCAUCACUGUUGACCUUCAACUAGAUGCAGAAGGUGGAGCACCUGUUAUUUUGAGGGGCCCUUGUUGCAUUAAGAAGAACGGAGCGAAAAUAUUCUCUCCUGCAAACCUUAGAGCUGCGCAGGAUCUGCCGGCCUAUCAGAAAAUGGUGCAACAGUGGAUGGAGAAAAAGUACACACUCAGAUACACAGGUGGCCUCGGCCCGGACGUUUAUCAACUGUUUGUGAAGGGGCACGGAGUGUUCUGCAACCCGGCAAGCGACGGAGCUCCGGCAAAACUCCGCCUUGCAUUUGAAGUAGCUCCUAUUGCAUUUAUUGUUGAGGCUGCUGGGGGGCGUUCGAGCAACGGCAAACGCUCAGCGCUUGAUGUGGCGCUUGAAACAAUGGACCACCGCACAGCAUUCUGCUGCGGGACGGAGGAAGAAGUCAUAAAUUUCGAGGCAUCUCUGCGUUCCUGA